CCUGAUAUUUCCAUUGCGGAAAAACCAAGUUAAAUGCGAAAGCAUUCUCGCAAAAAGUGUCUUACUCGGUCCUUCUCAUGUGCAGGUGAUAUAUUUCGAUUUCGCGGGGAGAGGUGUCUCUUCGUAAAAAAAUUAUUCUUCAGUCGCCCUUUCCAGCGAAAAAGCCACUACAACUAGUGAUCUUCAAGUUAAUGACAACCGUAAAGCGUUGCUUAUCUUUUGAUGAGUUCAUAAUUUAAUACAGGUUAUUCAUAGAGAAAAGUGUGGACAUGUAGGAAACAUUGUAAAAUUGACAAGUAUUGAUUUUUGAUUAAGCUUUAAAGCCUCUUGGUUUGUUUCAGCUGUUGGUACAAUCCAAGGCUUAAACAUAGGCUUGAAACGGCGUUCUAAGAUUUGCAGUUGUUUUUGAUAUUGUACGUAGGCCAUUCGACAGGCAUUGAUAGGAUUCGAAGAUCAAGGGUCUAGGGUUCGUGUCCCUACCCUAGCAUGACCAAACUUUCACCCAGACUGAGGAAAGUCGCCAGCUUUCUGUAUUUCGAGGCGUAGGGAUCACGAGGUCACAUCGAGAGAAAGGGCCUGGUCAUUGCUCGAUAAGCGUAGCUUCUCGAUGUCUUACAGAUACCUUCAGAUGGUAUGUGGAAACAAAUACAGGUAAUACAAGUUUGUCUCAAGGAGCGGAAAUCCAUGUAGUAGUUAAUGCGGGUCCUUUUUGGUUCUUCGUAGUUAAUGGUCCUAGGGGUCAUAGGGGUCCUACGGUCAUAGGGUCUGGUUUUUCCAGUAUGCCCUACAAUAUAUAUAAUAGCGUGACUUUUUUUGUUCCUGCCCACCUACACAAGGAGAAUAUAAUUUACGAGAAAAAAGACAGGAUUAGCCUGUUGUUCACAAAUAUAGGCAUAUGGGAAGUGACGUCAAAGGAACAAGACAUGGUUUAGCCUAGCAUCCAAUCACCAUUAAUUCCUGCCUGUCUCCAAUCAGACCGAUUCCUGCCUGUCUCCACUGUUGCCUUGCUGACUAUUUUACCUAGAGUCAAACAAAAUGGGCGUCUUUAGCGAUGUUUUGGUCUGCACAUUUGUCCUGGCGACAUUUCUAGGCCAUGGAGAUUGCAGAAAGGCAAAAUCGAAGGUUGUAUUUGUGACACUGAGUUUUGAAUCAAGCCCUUACUUCAAUUGUUUGGAAUUAGCGGAAGAGUUGGUGAGGCGCGGACAUGAGGUCUCGAUUCUAACAACCAAGUUCCUGAAGAAACGGACGAGCACUGUAAAACAUAUUGAUUAUCCAUUACCGAAUCCACAGAAGAUAGAAAAACUGCAAGAUUUGGCAGGCGAUGUAUCAAAAGAUUUUGGUCCCCGUACCUUUAUAAAUGCGGUACGAGAUGUAUCGCAGCUGUUUCUUGAUUCUUGCUUUGCGAUGUUGAAAACCAACGACACAAUGAAAGUCAUCCAAGAAGCAGACAUGAUCGUGACAAUAUCAGUGAUGCCAUGUGGACACUAUAUUGCUGAUAUAUAUGACAAGCCAACAAUAUUACUCCACCCAGCUUCAUAUUCUUUUAUCGCCUCAUAUACUGGAGUUCCCGAUCUUGCUAGCUUUGUCCCGAUGGUCACAGGUCCGUUUACUGAUGAAAUGUCUUUCAUCGAGCGAGUACAAAAUUUUCUCACCUAUAGAAUCAGGGAUAUCAUUGUGAAGGCUUUCUUAACAUAUUGGUUUAGAGACCUACAGUCGGCAUACAACUGGAAAAGUAAAGAAAGUUUCACUGAGCUUUUUGGAAAAACAGAGAUGGUGAUAGUGCCAAUGGAUUUUGCUUAUCAAUAUGUCUCUCCAAUCAUGCCUAAUACGUAUUUUGUUGGACCAUUGUUGGCAAAACCAUCAAAAGAGUUACCUGAAGAUCUUGAAGAGUUUAUGCAAAACUCAGGAGAGCACGGAGUUGUGUUGCUUGCUUUUGGUAGUGCAGUGUGUAAUAUGGACCAAGUCAUUGUUGAAAGAAUUCUAACUGCCAUUUCACGCAUGAAACAAAGGUUCAUUUGGAAACUAAAAUCCACGGAAAACUUGACAAUCCCCCCAAACCUGAAAGCACUGAAAUGGGUACCCCAGAAUGACAUUCUUGGCCACGAAAAGACCAAGGCUUUCGUUAGUCACAUGGGCAUAAACGGAGCCGCUGAAGCUGCGUAUCACGGUGUGCCGAUUGUCGCUGCGCCCUUUAAAGGCGAACGGUUCCAUAAUGCAAUUCUGUUCUCUAAGAGGGUAAAAAUGGCAAAGUUUAUUGACAUUGUAAAUGCUGACGCAGAUACAUGGCAACGAACUAUCGAAGAAAUGAUGACGUCAAAACGUAUGCGAAGCUGGCCUAAAUCAGGCACAGAGAGAGCCGGAGAUCUUGUUCAGUAUGCACUUGAUAAUGGUGGACGUCUGCCUCAUUUGAAGUCAAACGCAAACACUCUGUACUGGUUCCAAUACUACUGUGUCGACGUCAUUGCGUUUUUGCUUGCGCUCGCAGUGCUAUUGCCCUUAGUUAUCAUUAAAAUGCUGAGGUUCUUGCUUGCGUUGAUGUGGAGGAAAACAGAGAAAUCGAAGAAGGAUUAGAUUGCUCAAACAAUGGUUUUUCCAUAUUUGCUUAUUUUGUGUUGAAUGAAGAAAUUUUUCCCAUUUGCAUCACAGGCUGUAAGGCUAUAUUUCCAUUGCGGAAAAACCAAGUUAAAUGCGAAAGCAUUCUCGCAAAAA